GGCACGACGGAUGAAUCAGCAUUGUUUUUGGAGAGUAUACUCUGUCUCCGACCUCAUAACUUGGAUUUCAUCAAGAGCAUCAAUGCCGAGUUCAGAAGAGUGGUCCAGAAGGCCAAGGCAGUACAUCAAGAGGGACCACGAGGUCCAGGAACACGACAUCAACAACCGGGAAUAACUUCUAGAAGUUGUACUUUUUCUCGUUACGAGCGACAUCUGGCAGAGCUACAACUUGAACGGAAAUUUCCAGCGGGGAGCAUUCUGCAUCCUGACCUGGUCAUGCAGCAAGAUCGUUCUACUCUUCAUGACAACUACAGUUUGAUCUUACGCGUCGACAUUUCAUCAAUUGGCGGGGGUCGUGCUUGGGGCAUUGUGGUACCAAAAUUGACACAGUAUACGGCUUUCGUAUCCAAUUCCUCCAAAAAUGGCAGCACUAGUGGUAAAAGUGGAACAAAGCAACAAAGAACAAAGAACAAGUUGGCGCGUAGUUCUGGACGAGAACGAGACACCACUUUGAUACUUGUCCCACGCUCUCUAUUCGGAGACGAUGAACUCCUAACAAGUAACCAACUACAUCAGGAGGACUGGGACUCAACGAAGAGAUUUAAGGGUAGGUUAAAGGUGCUUUUCUUACCGCUUUUUAUGCCUCUCCUAAGGGAGAAAGGCAUAAAAAGCGGGGUAAGCGAGCACCAAAAACCUACCUCUAAGAGAUACAAAACUGGCUUUCACUUGGUUGUUGGCACGACGAACAAGGAUGCACUGGCUUCGCAACUCAAGUCUAAUAGAGAUGAUGUCGUGUUUCGCGAUUAUGCAGACUUGGCGACAGCCGCUCGGACAGAGGCCGCCCGAGUAGAACGGCGCAAAGAAGCUAUUCAAGCCGAAAGGAAGCAGAAGCAUGAAGACCGAAAAGUGGAGAUGACAUCAACAGCAGAAGCAAGAAAUGGUGUUCCCAUUGUUCCAACUAGUAGUAGAAGUACAACGACUUCUUCUUCGGUUCUCGCAGAAGACAUCCCGUGUGCGCGACUCUACUGUGAUAUGGUUUUUCAGAAUCCGCGACGCCCUCUAUGCUUUCUAUUUCGAGGAAGUGACUUGCCGCAGAGUCGACCAGUCCUGCGCAUUUUACGCGAUCUAGUGGGAAAGGUACAGAAAGAAUGGGAUACUAGGAGGAAGAGGCUGCACGAUGAACUUUGCAGGAGAACAAGCAGCGCGUUCAAAGAUGAACGAGCACCAAUCUAUUUUUGUUUCGCUGGCCCACCAAGAACUACUCCAGCAACACAAGUGGAAGGCACUAGUACUAGAAGUCCUAGUGGACUAAACACAGGACUUGGUUCUUGUACUAAAAGUGUUCAGGAGUCGUGUGCACGUGAGAUCGGACUCUUUUUCGAUAGUGCACUAGAGGCAGUUGUACUGGAGUCGGACGAGCAUGGUGUCAAGGUCAACGUCCAGAAGGAGGAGGAACAGAAUGAUGACAAAAAGCUAAAUAAAGGAGACAGUUGUCCACAUCUUCCUCCACCAGGAGACGAGGUGGAAAAGAAGGACGAUAUCACCGUGAUAUCAAAGGGGGCGGACGUGGAGCUGGACCAAAAGGUGAGCAGGAUCUUGUCGACCUCGAAUCGUCUCUUCGUAUUUGGCCCUACAGGUUGUGGUAAGAGCAAGUUGCUACGUGACUUGCCGAAAGUUGAGGUUAGCUCCUUGGUAAAGGGCGCAGUAGGCGAAAGUGCUCGCGCAAUGUGGGAACUCUUUCGACAGAAAAGCAAUAGCAGGAGCAAACUUGUAACAGGAGAUUCAAAUCCUAAAAAUCUUCCAUCUUCCUUGUUGACAAGAAGCGAUGCUUCAUCUGUCGUGGCAAUUGACGAUAUAGAUGAGCUUUUUCAGUCACAUACCACUGGAACAACGACAAAUCUCUGGACACGUGAGGUUCUUCCUGACCUGGCUGCAUGCUUGGACUCUUUUCCCAAUGUUGCCUUCAUCUGCACAGGUAGGUCAGCGGACUCGCUACCACCAUCAUUGCGCCAAAGGUUGACGUCUGUUUCACUGGUUUCAACCUGAGCCAGAGGUGGAAUCUUCCUUGUUUUGUAAUAUGUGACUCCCGAAUACCCCAGCCCCAUUCCCGGAUUAUAUUAAUACCCCAUUCUUCAUCU